CCGCCCGCCCGCGCCGGUGAGCCGCGGUGCAGGCGAGGCGCGCGCCGGGACGACCGCCGCCGCUCUCCAUGCCUGUGUGGUGCUGCCGCUGCUCCCUGGCCGGUCAUUUCAGAGACUAUAGUGACACUGAAACUGAAGGAGAGAUUUUUAAUUCUUUAGUGCAAUAUUUUGGUGAUAAUUUGGGGCCGAAAGUUAAAGGGAUGCCAUUAGUUGAAGAAACUUCUUUACUUGAAGAUUCAUCAGUGACAUUACCUGUGGUAAUAAUUGGAAAUGGACCUUCAGGAAUAUGCCUUUCGUAUAUGUUAUCAGGCUACAGACCAUAUUUAUCAUCUGAAGCAAUACAUCCAAAUACAAUCCUACAUAGUAAACUAGAAGAAGCAAGACAUCUCUCCAUUGUUGAUCAGGACUUAGAAUACCUGUCUGAGGGUCUGGAGGGCCGAUCAUCCAAUCCAGUGGCAGUACUUUUUGACACACUUCUUCAUCCAGAUGCUGACUUUGGCUAUGACUACCCAUCCAUUCUGCACUGGAAAUUGGAACAGCACCAUUAUAUCCCUCACUUAGUUCUUGGUAAAGGCCCGCCUGGUGGGGCAUGGCAUAAUAUGGAAGGCUCUAUGUUGACAAUCAGCUUUGGAAAUUGGAUGGAGCUACCUGGACUUAAAUUUAAAGAUUGGAUGUCUAGCAAACGAAGGAACUUGAAGGGGGACCGUGUUAUGCCAGAGGAAAUAGCUCGCUACUACAAACACUAUGUAAAUGUCAUGGGUCUUCAGAAGAAUUUCCGAGAGAAUACUUAUAUAACCUCUGUAUCAAGACUCUACAGAGAUCAAGGUGAUAAUAAUGGUAGUCAAGACAGAGAUAUUUCAACAAAUCAUUUACAGAACCAGAAGUCAAAAUUUAUCAAGAGAAACUGGGAAAUCAGAGGCUACCAGCGAAUAGCAGGAGGUUCUCAUGUUCCCUUUUGCCUAUUUGCUGAGAAUGUAGCUCUUGCAACCGGAACGUUGGAUUCUCCUGCCCACCUGGAAGUUGAAGGGGAAGAGUUGCCUUUUGUGUUUCAUUCAAUGCCUGAAUUUGGAGCUGCUAUAAACAAAGGAAAAUUGUGUGGCAGACCGGAUCCAGUGCUGAUUGUAGGUUCCGGCCUUACUGCAGCUGAUGCAGUACUGUGUGCUUACAACAACAAUAUCCCUGUGAUCCACGUAUUUCGCAGACGAGUAACUGAUCCAAGCUUAAUUUUCAAACAGCUUCCGCAAAAGCUGUAUCCUGAGUAUCACAAAGUCUAUCAUAUGAUGUGUACUCAGUCAUACUCUGCAGACUCAGAUCCUUUAUCUGAUUAUACCAGCUUUCCUGAGCACCGUGUGCUUUCCUUUAAGUCAGACAUGAAAUGCAUUCUUCAGAGCAUCUCUGGAUUGAAGAAAGUAUUUAAGCUGUCUGCAGCUGUAGUCCUAAUAGGUUCUCAUCCUAACCUGGCAUUUCUGAAGGAACAGGGGCGUUACCUAGGCCGUAACUCAAGCCAGCCAAUAACAUGCAAGGGUAACCCUGUGGAGGUUGAUGCGUACACCUAUGAGUGUGUGAAAGAAGCCAACCUUUUUGCUUUGGGCCCUUUGGUUGGAGACAAUUUUGUUCGAUUUUUAAAGGGAGGGGCAUUGGGUGUUACACGCUGUUUGGCUACAAGACAGAAGAAAAAGCAGCAUUUGUUUGUUGAAAGAGGAGGAGGAGACGGGGUAGCUUAAGGAAGGUUUACAAGUAAUUUAAGUGGACACUUAACCAUUAAAGAUUUUUAACAAUGGUUUGCAGUGUAUUGGCUUGAAUGAACUGGGAGAGCCUCUGCUGUUACUCUUCUGAAGUUAGCAAAGCUUGGUAUCCCAAGUUGUAUUAAAGUGUAUCAAAGGUGUCACUCUCAGACAAAUCCAAACACUGCCAACUUGGUAUACAUCAUGCUUUUAGUUAACUAGAAUGUUCUUUUCUAACUUGGCAUUUAUAAAGCCAGUCAUUAAGACAGAAAUCAUACUUAAUUCAUAUUGGGUUACCUACUGCUCGAGGGAUGUCCAAGGGCCAGCAGCAUCAGCUUCCUCUGUAGCUCAUUAGGAAUUUAGGCUGACUGCACUUCCAUAAGAUCCCCAAGGGUUAUGUAUUUAUUGAAUGCAGUUUGAAGUACACUGACCUAAAUGAACAUGGGCUGUAAAGUAUGUAUGCUGGGGUAGGAUAGGAGGAAGCAUUUUCAACUCAGGUUUUAUUUAUUUUGAAAUUAUCAGUUAUAUAAACCUAAUUUAUUACCAAAUAUGAUGGUCUUUAAAAAUAUUUUUACUGUUGAAACGUAAGUAAGUAUUUGAUAUCCUUACUUUCUCGUAAUUUAACAUUUUAAUAAUGCUGACAUCCAAGAAUCCACCAAGGUACUUUUUAGAGAUUUAUUCUGUUUAGCCACCAUAACAUCUAAUGAAUCUGAUUUGCAAUUCAAUAAAUUGUGGAUGGAACUACUUA